AUCAUUGCAUCGACGUGACUGCGUCUGCUACCCUGUGGUGACAGGCAUAGAGUUAAUAUAUGGUGACAGGCUUUGCUCAUUCAAGUUCAUUAACACGAGGCUACAGAGAGUACGUAGUGUAUUUAAUUUGUUCUAUGCGCGGCCUUCGUAAGCUGUUUCGGAGAUGGCGUGCUGCGUCGUUACGAGAUGCUUCGCGCCGCUCUUGAUGCCCCGCUUAGCGCUAUUUGCAGAACGGCGACUGCAUCGCGGCAGUCUUGUAGCGUUGCCAAAGUGCUUGUUGAGGGAUCGCAACAGCGAGGUGGUCUCGGCUCGCCGUAUAACCAACCUGACCCAUGGCGAUCGCUACCGAAAAGGGGGCAUCGGAACACCGAGCUACGACGUUAUCACGGAACCGGGCAAGGUCAGUGCUCUGCAGUAUGUGCCCGACAGCAUCGCCAAGCCGAGCUACGCCGACAGCGGCAUCGUUGUGGGAGUGCCCAAGGAGCUGGACGUCAAGACCGAAGAACAAGUGGCUCGCAUGCGAGAAUCGUGCAGGCUGGCUAAGAUGAUCCUCAGCCGAGUGUGCAAGCAAGUCAAGGCAGGAGUCACUACAGAUGAACUUGACAGGUAUGCUCACAAGCUCUGCAUCGAGAACAAUGCCUAUCCAUCGCCCCUCAACUACCGCUGGUUCCCAAAAUCUGUGUGCACAUCGGUGAACAACGUAGCCUGCCACGGAAUACCCGAUGACAGACCGCUGCGCGAUGGAGAUAUCAUCAGUAUUGACGUCAGUGUAUUUUACAAUGGCUAUCAUGGAGACUGUGCUGAGACCUUGAUAGUCGGCCACUCUGUGGAUGAGAAAGGCAAGGCACUGGUGCAGACCGCUCGUGAAUGCCUGGACAGGGCGGUCAGCAUCUGCGGUCCGGGACAGAAGCUUAGCGAAAUUGGCCGAGUCAUCAGCAUUGUGGCAGCCCAGGCAGGCUUCACUGUUGUGCCCGCAUUCUGUGGCCACGGCAUCGGCACUUAUUUUCAUGGACCGCCCGAUAUCUACCACUUUGACAAUGAUGAAAAGGGAGAGAUGCUCGAAGGGCUGGUGUUCACGAUAGAGCCAGUGAUCACCGAAGGAAGUCCUGACAUUGCCAUCAUGGAAGAUGGCUGGACAACUGUCACUGUUGACAACAGCCGCACUGCACAGUUUGAGCAUACUGUAUAUAUCUGUACUGAGGGUGUUGAAGUAUUGACUGUUCUCUGAUAGGUGCACUGGUGCCAGGUGUUUGGGGUUCAGUUAGUUAGUCCCGUGGCUAUAAAGCGAGAGUGUAUAGGUCGGUUCUGUUGCAAGUUAGGUGCAAAAGUUAGGUGGUCUUAUUAACAUGAAGACAGAAAGCAUGAACAGCACAGAAAAAAAAAAAAGAACAGUGCACAAAGCAAAAGGACACAGCCAAAGUCCUUUGUUUAUUUAUUUAUUAUUUUCGUGCUUUUAAUGCCUUGUUCAGGUUUUCAGUGAUAGUCUUGUGGAGACUUGCGCAGCUCAGUUGUUCUUGAAAGUAUUCUUCAUUUUGUGCUCACGUUGAACUCUGUAUGCAGCUUCGUGCAUCACCUAUAGACACUGAUAGCUUGUAUAUUAGUUAAUUAGCUUAUGUGCCUGGUUUGGUGCCAGGAUUUUCUGACUGGGAGAGGCAGCCUUGACAAGUGAUUUGGCCCUUCAGAGGGAGGCAGGAAGCUUGUCUCUUAUGUUAUGAGUACGUCUGAUAUUGGAAAAGAGGGGGCUACUCCCUUCCUCAUUGUGCCACACCUGUUGUAUGCUGAGCUUUGCGAACACAAACUAGCUUCUCUCAGGCUGUUGGCAGCAAGAGCUACGGCUCCCAUUAAACCAUUUGUUUUGGUUCAGCAAUGGCUGUGAAAUUUCACUGUAGAGGCUGACAUUUACCAUUGUCCUGCAGUAUUUCUCAAACAUAGUAAGCAAGCAUUACCAGAUCAUAGUCGGUGCUCUUGUGAAUAUGAGAAGCAAACAAGAUAACUUGCGAAGUAUAACACGCCUGAGCUGUGACAAUGGGUUGAGGUCGAACCUUCAAUGUUGUGGGACACAUGCAAUUUCGAGUUUUCGAACCCUGCCCUCUAAAAAACAAAAAGGGGAGUUCAGUGACAAAAUGCAGAAGGCUAUUUAUAUAGCUUGAGCUACCUGGUUGCCCAUGUUUGAGCAGAAACUGUCCAUUCUAGAUACGCACUGCACCUUGGAAAGCUGUCGUAAAGUUUAGGUGCAGAUCAACCAAAAUUAGUGGAACAGCUCUAAGACUAACAAUAUAAGGGAGUUUUCAAAUAAGGGUCCCAAAAGUUUGGGGCCCAAAAGAAAUAGCAUCAAGGCCACUGCGCAUGCGCAAAACCAAAACCGCAUUUGGGUUUUGGGUUGGGGACGCUAUUUCUCGAAAUUAGCGGGAGUCCCAAAGCCUUCCCUAAAAGUUUUGGGUCAGGCAAAAGUGACGGCAUCUACUGGAAUGACAACUCUUGGCCAAAACCAGAGUGACAUAGACAAGGGGGAGUGUCCAAAGCGCUGCAGACCCUAUUUGAAAACUCAUCCCUCCUGCUUGACCCAAACCAUGCAUACGCAAAAGGCUUUGGGGCCCCUAUUCAAAAACUCUCUAAUAGCUUCACUGUUAGUGUGUAUAGUACACAAUGUGGAUACCAGUAGGUACUAUAUGUGUAGUCAGGAUGAUCAUAGUGUUAUAGCGAAUAGUCAUGCAAACACUCGUAUGGUAUAUAUAUAGCAUGUUAGGAAAUCAAAUAAACGCUGAAUGAGUAAAAAAAAGGGGAAGUAGUUCACCAGGUAGAACCAAUGCACUUUUUUUGUGUGUGUGUGUGAACAAGGAACCUGUACAGCUUCCCACACUUCUGUCUACUUUCACUAAUAAUUUUGACUAACUUCCAGUGUUUCUGGUACUGGAUGCACCUUGGUGAUGUUUUGCACAUCUCUUAUCGUCACAGCUUACGAAAGACACUUUCAACUAGCAGCUUUGAUAGUUGCAGCCUUUAGUGCUGCGUUUUUUAUGCGUUGCUCUGUAUUAUAAUGUUCAAACUCAACGUUGCUGUGGGAAACACUUUUUUUAUAUCUAGACCUUGAGGGCGUUUUCCUGCAAUCCAAAAUAACUGGCUGUUACCAACAGAUAUCUAAGCAGACUGUGGUUUACUUUCCUACUCAUGCCAUUAUCUAAGCAGUCUGUGAUUUACUUUCCUACUCAUGGCAUAAUUGCCAAGUGAAAAAAACAUGAAAUCGCAGCACUCUUUAAAGAGAAAAGCACAUAUCUACUGCACGAGCCUGGUAAAUAAUUGCUGAUGGCAGCCUCUCUCUGGACACUUAUUUUUCAAUCAUAAGUAAAUAAACAUCAGAGUUGUGGCA